CGUGAGAAAUUCAGCUUAACUUCUAAUGAACUAAAACAAACAUGCAACAAUAAAGGGCCACAUUUUUUCAUCAAUAUAACAAGAACUGUUGAGUCUUUGAGAAAUAUUAGAGAGAGAAUUAUUAUAGAAUAUAUCGAAGGUACAAAGAAGUUUCAUACAAACCAAAAUUUCGAAUCUGUAAUUUUAAUGAGCCAACUGUGUGAGAGAAAUCCCGAUGUGAUAAACAUAUUAACCAAAUUGGUGGAUGCAGUUCAACUUUGUCUAGAGGAGAAAGAACGUCUAAAUGAUGCAGAGAAGACAAGCGUUCUGAGAAACAUGAUGCUUUCAGUGUGCUUCACUUUAGACUUUGAGAAAAUUAUUCGACGGAACGGAAAUUGUGUGCAAGAUCCAAGAAGAAUGCCAGCUGACGAUAAGUGUGUGAAGAAAUUUCCAAAUUUUGUAAACAUUUAUGACCUGGAACCAAUACCACUUGAGCAUGCUGAUAAAGAAUGCCAUGAAUUUUUGGAAGUCUGGAAUUGCAAAAUUAAUACUGCGAAUGACUGCGAUGUUUCUGCUAAGAAUUUAAUUCGAGAAUUUAUUUCAGUGAUAAAGGAAUUUAUUUUGUGUUGA